AUGUUCAGCAUUCAGAGACUCGUCUCUGCCCUCCUCCUCGCCGGAGUGGCUCUGGCCUUCUUCGCGCAGACCGCUGAGGCUGCCAAGGGCCCCAAGAUCACCCACAAGGUCUACUUCGACAUCACCCACGGCGAUGAGCCCCUCGGCCGCAUCACCAUGGGUCUGUACGGAAAGACUGUCCCCAAGACCGCUGAGAACUUCCGCGCUCUCGCCACCGGCGAGAAGGGCUUCGGCUACGAGGGCUCUACCUUCCACCGCGUUAUCAAGCAGUUCAUGAUCCAGGGUGGUGACUUCACCAAGGGCGAUGGCACUGGUGGCAAGUCCAUCUACGGCGAGAAGUUCCCCGAUGAGAACUUCAAGCUUAAGCACUCCAAGAAGGGUCUCCUGUCCAUGGCCAACGCCGGCAAGGACACCAACGGCUCCCAGUUCUUCAUCACCACCGUUAUCACCUCUUGGCUCGAUGGCCGUCACGUCGUCUUCGGCGAGGUCCUCGAGGGCUUCGACGUCGUCGAGAAGAUCGAGCAGGCCCAGACCCAGCCCGGCGACCGCCCCGCCAAGACGAUCAAGAUCGCAAAGAGCGGAGAGCUGGAGGUGCCCCCUGAAGGCGAAUACGGCACUAGCGAGUGGGCGUCAGGCUACUCCAACGAGGAUACGCCGCUGGAGGUGGGCUCCGGCGAGGGCUGGUCCCUAAUCCAGAAGGGUCUCUUCGGUGGUGUUGUUGUUGCUGCGAUCGUCGCCUACAUCAAGUUCAGCAAGUCCAGGGCCGCAAGAGAUGUCGGCUACGAGAAGACUAUGGCGUAA